AUGGCCGCCACCAGCAAGAGGCUCCUGUGCCUGAUCACAGGCGCAAAUCAAGGUCUAGGCUUCGAGACAGCCAAAGCCUUAGCCAUAUCCCGCCGCGGGCCCAAAGGGGAGACCUACCACGUCUUUGUGGGCAGCCGCGACCUCAUGAAGGGUGAGAGUGCCGCCAUGGCCAUCAGAUCGGCCGGAGGGUCCGCGCAGGCCAUCCAGCUGGACGUGACGGACCCGCCGUCGAUCGCCGCGGCCGCGGACAGGGUCCGGGCUGACCACGGGCGCCUCGACAUCUUGAUCAACAACGCCGGCACGCUCUCGGACGCCGGCGGGGUGGUAGCCGCGCUGAGGACAGACCUCGAGGUCAACGUGGUGGGCGCUGCGGCCGUGACGGAGGCGUUCCUGCCCUUGUUGCUUGCGCAGCCGACAGACCCGCGCCUGGUGUUCGUGUCCAGCUCGAUGGGGUCGCUCACCGAAGCGGCGGACCCGUCCUCUCGGUAUUAUCGUUCUGUGCUGGGUACGAGCCCGCUUGAGUACAGAGUAAGCAAGGCGGCGCUGAAUAUGCUCAUGCUCGAGUAUUGGAAGCGAUAUGGGGCGGAGCCUAGAGUUCACGUGGGAGGUGUGGGCUUCGAGACCAAGAUAAGAGUGUGGAGCGCUGACCCUGGGGCGAACGCGACGAACUUCAUGGGCGCGGGCAAGGCUGAGCUUGCGAGGGCGAGAGGCAUACAGGGCCCCGAAAAGGGCGCUGAGAUCAUCGUCGGCUGUGUUGUUGGGGAGAGGGAUGGGGAGGAGGGAAGGGUUGUUGGGACUUAUGGUUUGGGGCUUUGGUAG